AUAAAAUCCUGGAUUUAUAUUGGUCAGUGAUAUAAGAACAAGCAAUUAAAGUAAUUGUGUGCUUUCGUAAUAUUACUAACCUGCAACUAAGCAAAUGUAACAGUCUGGUGAUUCAAUGAAUUGUAGCGCUUACUCGGUGGGAACCUUUGUUACAGGGAGAUGGGGUCUGGUAGGAAGAUGUUGGAGAGCGGGAUUCUGGGAAGAGCGGAGUUCGUUGUACCGGAUGUGUGAUUUUCAAUAAAGUGUGUUCAUUUAGAAGUAAUACACAGUCUACCGAGCAGAACCCCAUUUGAUACUGCGACAGUUUAAAGAUGGAAUCAGUCCCGAUUAAAGAGGAGCUCCCUAAACUUGAACUGGUCCCCAUUAGACUGGAGUUCUCUGGACUGUCUUCCCUCCCCAUUAAACAGAAGCUCUGUGAGAUGCCAUCUGACAGCAUCAAGUCGGAGGUGUCUGGGAUUAAAGCUGAGCGCAAUGAAUUGGAGAUCUCCCAGACAGAAGAACCCCUUCCUGUGAAUGAAGAGGUGCUGGAAAUGUUACCAAGCAGAACCACGUUUGAUGCCUUGGACAAUGUGAAGAUGGAAUCUGUCCCGAUUAAAGAGGAGCUCCCUAAACUUGAACUGGUCCCCAUUAGACUGGAGUUCACUGGACUGGCUUCCCUCCCCAUUAAACAGGAGCUCUGUGAGACGCCCUGUGACAGCAUCAAGCCAGUGGUGUCUGGAAUUAAAGCUGAGCGCAACGAACUGGAGAUCUCCCAGACAGAAGAACCAGUUCCUAUGAAAGAAGAGGUGCUGGAAAUGGUGCGUAUUAAACUGGAGCCCCUGAAAGAGGAGGUACUCUUGAAACCAGGGAAGGAAGAAUCCGAAGACUUGAAAGCAGCCCCCACUGAGCUGGGUCCGGUACACCUGCGGGAGUGUAGCGUGGUGCUGGAGAGAAUCUAUGUGAGAAAGCAAGGCUCUGGAGAGGAAGGCUCUCCCAACAGCACGCAAGGAGGUGGACAGGACGACGAGAGCUCACAUUCAGAGUGCAGUCCAGCAGGUUCCAGUCCAGCAGUUCAAGCAAGGACCCAGUUAAGGAAUUUAAAAAUACUGAGAGGAGAGAAAUUAAAAAAUACCAGAGGAGAGAAACCGUAUCGCUGCUCUGACUGUGGAAAGAGUUUCAGGCACUCAGGAGACCUUGUGAUACACCAGCGAAUUCACACAGGAGAGAAACCCUAUCGCUGCUCUGACUGUGGAAAGAGGUUCAAGUCAUCAGGACACCGUACAGCACACCAGCGAAUUCACACAGGAGAGAAACCGCGUUGCUGCUCUGACUGUGGAAAGAGUUUCAGGAACUCAGGAGACCUUUCAAAACACCAACGAAUUCACACAGGAGAGAAACCUUAUCGCUGUUCGCACUGUGGGAAGAGUUUCAGUCGGUCUGGAAAUUUUGAAUUGCAUAAGCGAACUCACAAAGGAGAGAAACCAUAUCACUGUUCUGACUGUGGGAAGAGUUUCAGUCGGUCAGAACACCUAUUAAUACAUCAGCGAAUACACACUGGAGAGAGACCGUAUCACUGCACUGACUGUGGGAAGAGUUUCAGUCGAUCAGGACAACUUGUAACACACCAGCGAAUUCACACAGGAGAGAAACCAUAUUACUGCUCUGACUGUGGGAAGAGUUUCAGGGAUUCAACAGACCUUGUAAAACACCAGAGAACUCACACAGGAGUAAAGCCAUAUCACUGCUCUGACUGUGGAAAGACUUUCAGACGGUCGGGACACCUUGUUUCACACCGGCGCGUUCACACAGGAGAGAAACCGUACCGCUGCUCUGAUUGUGGGAAGAGUUUCAGUCAGUCAAGAUCCCUUGUUACACACCAGCAAAUUCACACAGGAGAGAAAAAAAAAAGAAAAUGUAAAUAAUGUUCCUGCAUAAAAGUCAGAAAAAAUCCUUAAAUGGAAUUUACUAGUGUAACGACCUCGCCCUUAGCACAAAGCCAACCACUAUGGAGUGAUUACCUCCCUAUAUUAAAUAUAUCCCAUGACAAAAACAAGUUCGACAAACAGCUGUUUAAAGGGGUGAUCUCAAAUGCAAAAAUCCAAGUUAGGAGAAGCAAUUAGGCCAAUCUUGUCAAGCAAAUAGGCACAAUUGGAAAGGUGCUGGGGCCCAAGAUUCACACAAUUCUUGCUUCUAACUUGGCGCCUUUUUUUUGAUCGCUUCGCUCCACUUUAUCGCUCCUCUUGAAAUGCUCUUUGUAUGAUUGAAGUGACUGAGACACACACUCACAUUGUAAUACGAAAGACAUAAUUUCGGAUUGGAUCAGAAUCUGAGUGCUCAUGUAUCACAGAGCAGCUCUCCUGGUAAACCCUUUGAAGGAGGAAACAAACUGCUAUUGUUAAUUAUUUUGCAUAGAAUGGCACAAGGCAGCUGUAAUAGAGUAAAUGUGGAUGCGCUUUUAGACUGUGUGUUGCUGCUUGCCCCACCCUGUGCAAAUUCAAAGUGUAAAACCAGAUAACACAACAAGCAGGGCACAAGCUAAGCGAUGAGCUGUAUUUGAUUAGGGAAAUAAAAGCUGUUUACUUUGACUAUCUGCGUCAGUCUGGAUUCUUAUAGAAAUCAAAUGUAAGACAACAAAUAUACUAGAAGUGUCAGGGGUGGAAGUUGCAGGUUGAGAUUUUAGAGUCAGUGUUUCCCUGCAUGCAUCACUGUGAGCAGCUCCUUCCUCCAGACACAGACCCACACUGGAAUGUUUAGAUGACUGGGUGUGAGGAGCCUUGUGUUAACAAUGGGAGAACUGGGCUGACUGGGGAGGUAACUGCUACUGCCUAUUUCAAUAGUCUUAUUACUGUGUUGUUACAUUAUGGACAGCAGUGGUGCUCUGGCUCCCUCUUGUGGUCACUAUUAAUAUCUGCUGUGUGUCUCUCGGAGGUCAAAUUAAUUGCUCUUUGUCAUUAAAAUGCUGUUUUUAUCAUCAAA